UGUGAUGUUUUUACUUUCACUUUCAUAUCUAGGAACUAGAGAGAGACGGUGACAGGGAGACACCUAGGGAAGUGUGUGAGACAGCACGGAGAGAAGAGAUAGUCAUAACUAUAUACACAGCACGGAGAGAAGAGACAGCCUGUCACCGUAUACACAGUGAGAGGGCACGGAGAGAAGAGACAGCUGUAACGUAUACAUAACACAGAGAGAUGAGACAGCCUGUAACAUACUCAGCGAGACAGCACCGAGAGAAGAGACAGCCUGUAACAUAUACACAGUGAGACAACACGGAGAAAAGAGACAGCCUGUAACAUAUACACAGCACAGAGAGAAGAGACAGCCUGAAACAUAUACACAGUGAGACAGCACAGAGAGAAGAGACAGCCUGUAACAUAUACACAGCAAGACAGCACAGAGAGAAGAGACAGCCUGUAACAUAUACACAGCACAGAGAGAAGAGACAGCCUGUAACAUAUACUCAGCGAGACAGCACAGAGAGAAGAGACAGCCUGUAACAUAUACACAGUGAGACAGCACAGAGAGAAGAGACAGCCUGUAAUAUAUACACAGCACAGAGAGAAGAGACAGCCUGUAAUAUAUACACAGUGAGACAGCACAGAGAGAAGAGACAGCCUGUACCAUAUACACAGUGAGACAGCACAGAGAGAAGAGACAGCCUGUAAUAUAUACACAGUGAGACAGCACGGAGAAAAGAGACAGCCUGUAACAUAUACACAGUGAGACAGCACGGAGAAAAGAGACAGCCUGUAACAUAUACACAGUGAGACAGCACAGAGAGAAGAGACAGCCUGUAACAUAUACACAGUGAGACAGCACAGAGAGAAGAGACAGCCUGUAACAUAUACACAGUGAGACAGCACGGAGAAAAGAGACAGCCUGUAACAUAUACACAGUGAGACAGCACGGAGAAAAGAGACAGCCUGUAACAUAUACACAGUGAGACAGCACGGAGAAAAGAGACAGCCUGUAACAUAUACACAGUGAGACAGCACGGAGAAAAGAGACAGCCUGUAACAUAUACACAGUGAGACAGCACGGAGAAAAGAGACAGCCUGUAACAUAUACACAGCACAGAGAGAAGAGACAGCCUGUAACAUAUACACAGUGAGACAGCACGGAGAAAAGAGACAGCCUGUAACAUAUACACAGCACAGAGAGAAGAGACAGCCUGUAACAUAUACACAGUGAGACAGCACGGAGAAAAGAGACAGCCUGUACCAUAUACACAGUGAGACAGCACGGAGAAAAGAGACAGCCUGUAACAUAUACACAGCAAGACAGGAUGCAGCGUGACCGGUGAAACAGCAACUGGAUAAUUUUCUCGCUGAGUCACAUAAAACACUCAGACUCAAGAAAUCAUCCCUGGGACAUGAUGGGGAAUACGACCAGCAAACAGUCUGCCAUGCCUAAGGAGGGAGCUGCCAACUUCUUUAAGCUAGAAGAGGACAUAAUCUGCUCUGUUUGCCUCAGCGAGCUUAAUGAACCGGUCUCUAUCGCCUGCGGACACACCUUCUGCACUAACUGUAUCAGCGACUACUGGGCCACUCCGCAGGUUCUGGGUUACCGCUGCCCAGAGUGCAGGAAGAUCUGCCCCAAAGAUCAACUUAUACCCGUCCAUAGGCUGCGGAAUCUGGUGACCAAGGUCCAACUGGUAGUGAAAGAAGAGCAGAGCAGGGAGACUCCAGCUUGUGCAGUGCAGCUGGUGUAUACAGAUGGAGCUGGUCAUCUACAGUUGGACGAAGCCGCUUUAGAGAGCUGUUUUCUGCGCAGUGAGAUCUCUGAUUACCCAGUGUGCCUGAUAUGUGUGAUAGGGGAGAAACGCCGGGGCAAAUCCUUCCUCAUGAACUUUAUCCUGAGAGUACUACACUGCCAGGAGAAGGGAGAACCUCUCAGCCUUGGACAAGAUGAUGAGCUGCUCCAGGGGUUCGAGUGGAGAGCUGGGGCAGACAGCAUUACUAAGGGUGUAUGGAUCUGGAACAGGCCGUUUAUACUGGAUCACAACGGGCAGAAGACAGUGGUUUAUGUCCUGGAUACGGAGGGAUCACUGGAUAUAGAAGGAGAUAAAGAGACCUGCAUUAAGCUAUCAGCCUUAUCGAUGGUGCUCAGCUCAUACCUGAUUUUCAAUGUAAAUUCAAGUCUUAAAACAACUGAACUGGAAUAUCUUGAGUUGUAUCUCCAUAUCGCUGAAUUGACAGGAAAAUCAUUUUCAUUGCAAUAUUUACAGCAUUUGGACAUCCUGAUACGGGACUGGCAUGACUAUGAAAAGUGUGAGAAAGAAGAUGCUCGAGCUUACCUAACCAGCGUGCAAGAGACCCUGCGCAAAAGUGUCAAGAACCCCCUGGUAUUAAAUACGCUGAGAAGUCCCUCUGUAUCCUGCUCUCUCUUACCGCACCCCGGGAAAAGGCUCCUCCGCUCAGUAGAGGGGAAACUUACAGAUAUGGAUGAGGAUUUCAGAAACCAUCUCACAAAAUACAUAAAUGACCUCGUCAUAGGAAUCUGGCGCCAUAUGAAAACUGAUGUCAACGAAGAAAAAAUAACAAGCGCAGAACUGGCGAGAAUACUGAAGGAAUUUGUGAUCUUGUUGCAAGAGGAACAGUACAGCUUUGCUUCCCCACUGGAGAUGUUCUUUUCUUAUGAAAACCACAAGAAGAUGAAAGAAUUCAAAAAGAAAUUCCUUGAAGCUCUGGACAACCUAGCGCCCAUGACAUCUUCACCCUUUAAACUUGUACGAGUUCUCCCAAAACAGAUGAGAGCCAAUGUCAGCGAAGCUGCUUCCGGUUUGCUUCAGGACUUUGAAGAUUCAUUAUCAGGCAAUUACGACCAAGCAAAGAAUAAGAUCUUGGAUGAAAUGAAAUUGUUUAUGCAACAAGAGCAGGAGGCGUUCUGCGCUAAUUACUCCAAGCGUUUUAUAAAGUGCGCAGUGGGCAUUGGGGGGUUGGCAGGCGCCUCAUUGCUCAGCUUGGUUGGAGGUGUUGCAGGAGCGGCUAUAGCUGGGACCAUACUUGCUGCAGAAGGAGCUGUAUUAGCAGGUAGUACAGCUGCGGCAGUGGCAGGUGGAGCGUUGGGAGGGUCGGUGACAAUGGGCGCCAUCGGUGGAGGAGUAGGGGCUGGCGUAGGACGGGUAAUUGGACACAUUGAGAAAAAAAAUGAACAGAAACCUGAUGAAGGAAAUAACAAUGAGGGGGCAUCACAAGACAAAGAGCAGCUGGUAAAGCCACAAGAGUGAUUCACCUUCCCAAAUACCAUACCAAAAAUAAGUGAAAUCAAUCAGAUCUUUAAUGAGUUAACACAGAAGGCUUCCACCUCACUCAUCUCUAAAUAAUUAAUUAUAUUCAAAAGAGCACUAAAGUCAACUUUAACUCCCAUAAAAUGUUUAAUUAAAGAAAUUAUAAUGCAAUGUUGUUU